GAAAGAAUACCUUUGAGCACCAAGCCUUGAUGAUCAUUGAGAGGAGUGGCAACAUGUUGUGUUGGGGAAAUGCCUCAUUUGGACAGCUUGGACUGGGGGGCAUCGAUGAAGAGGUUGUACUUGAACCCAGAAGAUGUCACUUCUUCAUAAACAAAAAGAUUCAAGAUGUAGGCUGUGGACUAAGGCACACUGUAUUUGUUUUGGAUGAUGGGACUGUGUAUACAUGUGGAUGUAAUGAUUUAGGACAAUUAGGACAUGAAAAAUCCAGAAAAAGACCAGAGCAGGUUGUUGCCCUGGAUGCUCAAAAUAUUGUAGCUGUUUCAUGUGGAGAAGCCCACACAUUAGCAUUAAAUGACAAGGGACAAGUCUAUGCAUGGGGUUUUGCAGUAGAUGGACAGCUUGGCUUGCCUGGAACCGAAGAAUUGAUUAGAGUGCCCAGAAACAUUAAAAGUUUAUCAGACAUCCAAAUAGUGCAGGUUGCCUGUGGCUACUAUCAUUCACUUGCACUCUCCAAAGGGAGUGAAGUUUUUUCCUGGGGACAGAAUAAGCAUGGUCAACUAGGUUUAGGCUAUGAAUUUAAAAAGCAGACUUCUCCACAGCUGAUAAAAUCUUUACUGGGAAUACCUUUUGCCCAAAUUGCAGCAGGUGGCGCCCAUAGCUUUGUACUUUCUCUUUCCGGAGCUGUCUUUGGGUGGGGACGCAACAAAUUUGGUCAGCUUGGUCUUAACGAUGAAACUGAUAGAUACGUUCCUAAUCUUCUAAAGUCACUAAGAUCUCACAAAAUUGUUUACAUCUCUUGUGGAGAAGACCAUACUGCAGCUCUUACAAAGCAAGGAGGGGUGUUUACGUUUGGAGCUGGAGGCUAUGGGCAAUUGGGUCACAACUCUACUGGCCAUGAAAUAAACCCAAGAAAGGUGUUUGAACUUAUGGGGAGCACGGUCACACAAAUCGCCUGUGGAAGGCAGCACACGUCUGCAUUUGUUCCUUCAACUGGAAGAAUCUAUUCUUUCGGUCUGGGAGGGAAUGGACAGUUAGGCACAGGAUCAACCAGUAACAGGAAAAGCCCCUUCCCAGUAAAAGGAAAUUGGCUUCCUUAUGGUGGCCAGAUCCCACCAGAUUCAGAUGGUGAACAAUAUUAUUGUGUAAAGAGGAUUUUCUCUGGUGGAGAUCAAAGCUUUUCACAUUAUUUUACUCCACAGGAUUUGGUACCAGCAGAUGACUUCAGAUGUCCUAAUGCUUCAAAGCAAAUCUGGACUGUGAAUGAAGGCUUCAUUCAGAGACUGCUGAGCUGUUCUGGAAGACUUCCUGUGGAGAUAGUAAAUGAAAUAGAUGGAACGUUUUCCUCCACUGGCUGCCUAAACGGGAGCUUUUUAGCUAUCAGUAAUGAUGAUCACUACAGAACUAGUGCCAGAGUCUCAGGAAUUGAUAUGAACGCUGCUCGACUUCUUUUUCAUAAACUUAUACAGCCAGAGUAUCCAUGCAUAUCUCAACAGGUGGCGGCUAGUUUGGAGAAGAAUCUUAUUCCUAAACUGACCAGUGCCUUGCCUGAUGUUGAAGCCCUAAGACUGUUUUUAACACUACCAGAAUGUCCACUGAUGAGUGAUUCAAACAAUUACAUGACACUGGCAAUCCCAUUUGCUGCAGCGAUUGCAAAUCUAGAAAAAGCUCCAUUGAAAGUACUUGAAAACUGGUGGUCUUUAUUGGAGCCUCCAUUGUUUCUCAAAGUAGUGGAACUUUACAAGGAUGUUGUGGUUCAUCUUUUGAAACUGAAUAAGAUAGGCAUUCCGCCUUCAGAGCAGAGAAUCUUCACUAGCUGUUUACAUACUGCCCUCAAAGUUUUGGAAAUUUUGCACAGGGUGAAUGAAAAAGAGGGACAAAUAAUACAGUAUGAUAAAUUCUAUAUACACGAAGUACAAGACUUGAUAGACAUAAGAAAUGACUACAUAAGUUGGGUUCAGCAGCAGGCUUAUGGCAUGGACAUCAGCCAUGGAUUAAGUGAGCUAGCAGAUGUACCAGUCACAAUUUGUACCUACCCCUUUGUGUUUGACGCACAGGCAAAGACAACACUCUUGCAAACAGAUGCAUUCUUACAGAUGCAGGUGGCUGUUGACCAGGCUCACAGACAGAAUUUCACAUCUAUUUUUCUCCCAGUAUUUGAAUCUGUCAAUCCAUGUCUGAUCUUAAUAGUGCGCAGAGAAAAUAUUGUGGGAGAUGCCAUGGAAGUCUUAAGGAAAACAAAAAACAUAGAUUACAAGAAGCCUCUUAAGGUUAUUUUUGUAGGGGAAGAAGCUGUUGAUGCAGGAGGAGUCCGCAAAGAAUUCUUCUUACUUAUUAUGAGAGAACUUUUAGAUCCCAAGUAUGGAAUGUUUAGGUAUUAUGAAGAAUCCAGGCUCAUCUGGUUCUCAGAUAAGACCUUUGAAGAAUGUGACUUGUUUCAUCUGAUUGGUGUUGUCUGUGGUCUAGCAAUAUAUAAUUUUACUAUUGUAGACCUUGAUUUUCCCCUGGCUUUGUACAAGAAGCUUCUGAACAAGAAACCUACCUUGGAAGAUCUCAAAGAGCUUAUGCCUGACGUUGGAAGGAGUAUGCAGCAGUUGCUGGAUUAUCCAGAAGAUGAUAUUGAGGAUACCUUCUGCCUCAACUUCACAAUCACAGUUGAAAACUUUGGUGCAACGGAAGUAAAAGAGCUAAUUCCUAAUGGCACGGAUACUCCAGUUGUCAAACAGAAUAGGCAAGAAUUUGUGGAUGCCUAUGUGGACUACAUCUUCAAUAAAUCCGUGGCUUCUCUCUAUGAUGCAUUCCAUGCAGGCUUUCACAAAGUGUGUGGAGGUAAAGUUCUCCUGCUCUUCCAACCCAAUGAGUUGCAGGCAAUGGUGAUUGGGAACACAAACUACGAUUGGAAGGAGCUAGAAAAGAACACUGAAUACAAGGGUGAAUAUUGGGCAGAGCAUCCAACAAUUAAAAUUUUCUGGGAAGUUUUUCAUGAGUUACCAUUGGAAAAGAAGAAACAGUUUUUGUUAUUUUUGACAGGCAGUGACCGUAUUCCUAUUCUUGGGAUGAAGAGUCUUAGUCUUGUUAUUCAGCCAACUGGAGGUGGAGAUGACUAUCUUCCAGUAGCUCACACAUGUUUUAAUCUUCUUGAUCUUCCAAAAUACGCAGAUAAAGCACUACUCCAAUCUAAGCUGAUCCAGGCUAUCGAUCACUAUGAAGGCUUCAAUUUAGUAUAACUUGUUGAAGAUGAGAACUCACUAGCUUUGUAUAAUGUGGAAACACUUGAUUUGCUGUAUCUGAUCUGCAGUAGCAAGUUCGAUGAUAUGGCUGACAGUGAUGGUAUAAGUUAUUUGUAAUCAUAUCCUGUUAUCGGAUUCCAUAUGGGAGCCCAAAACCCUUACACAAAUGUAUUGUUGAUAGGAACUUCUGGAGCCACAUUUUCCAUUUAACAAUAAAAAUGCAACUUUUGAAUAAAAGCCGAAGUUUCCCUAGAUAAAUUCUAGUACUUCACAUAUUGCAAAUUGACUUGCUGUGUGCGUGAAAAGAUGUGCUUAAAUUUUUUUAAUCACUGCAACAAAGUCACAUUCAGAUUAUUUUUUAUUUUGUAAAUAAGGUUUUUGUAAUAAAACAGCUAAGCUCCUGUAGCAGUAGAGUUUCUAUUGCCCAUCACU